AUGACGAUGGUUAUGGAAAACCAGAACCGCCCCUAUGGCGGCAUGAGUUUCGACAAUGUUUAUCAUCACACUCCACCACAAUUCACGGACCCCUGGGCACAUACUUCGUCGCACUCGACACCCCCGGUCUAUGCGACUUCCAUGGGCAAUGGCGCCAGCAUGGCCCUCGCUCAGGUGAAGCAGGAGGAAGUGAAUCGCACCGGCAUGUCUAUGUCAUACCCCAACAUUCCCGUGUCCGCUCCGUCAAUGGUGGCUGGGACCUCCUACGCGACCGCCAGCUAUGGCCCAGAAGUGAUGGCCAUGCAACACGAGGUGCCGCGCACAACUUUCGACCAGGCUCCCUCUUACACUACCGCUCCUCCAAUGAGCAACUUCGCGCCUUCUAGCUACGCUUACGCCCCCAUUCACCCUUCUGCACAAGACAGCCGUCGGAUCUCGCACUCAGAUGCCGCUCGUGUUAGCGCUUCAGCUUCCGCCCCCACUUUCGGUGAUGCGCUUGACGCCAGCCGGGGAAUGGUCGCUCUCAGUCAGGACCUGACUCCCCGCAACAUCUACGGUCCUGGCCACCGCGGCGCGCGAGGCUCAGCCGAUUCCUACGGUUUCCCCUCCACCCAAUCUUCCGCCUCAUCUAUCUCCUCCGGCAGCAACUACCCCUACUACAGCGCCUCGGUGGGCUCCGUCGACUCCUCCGUGACAGACUACAGCUCCACAACUUCCGAGUCAUACGAAUCCCGCACUCUCCCCCGGCCGACCAGCCUUUUGGCUGGCAGUGCCCCCCUGGCCCGCAAUCGAUGA